AUUCGAAACUCAUACUCAUUGGAUCUGUUUUCUUAAGUGGUUCUGUGUUUAUGAAUGUACUUCUUUUGUUAGCAACUUGUUUUGUUAUUUUUCGAUUCAAACAGAAGACGAAAGCAAUUGUUCCACCGAAAUUCGAAGCCAUCAAGGGAAAGAGCUUAAGAAGCUUUAGUUAUGAGGAGCUAGAGAAAGCAACCAAUAAGUUCAGUGAGCAACUAGGAAGUGGUGCUUUUGGUACUGUUUUCAAAGGAGUUAUAAGCAUUAAUGGUUAUAGUAACUGUAUUGCUAUUAAGAAGUUGGACAAAAUAGACAUGGCAAGAGAAGCAUCAGGUGAGCAGGAGUUCAAGGCAGAAGUAAGUGCCAUUGGUCGUACGAAUCAUAAGAAUUUGGUUCAGCUAAUUGGGCUCUGCAAUGAAGGGCAACACCGAUUACUCGUCUAUGAAUUCAUGAGCAAUGGUUCUGUAGCGAGCUUUGUUUUUAGACCAUCUCCAAGGCCAAGCUGGCACCACAGAACACAAAUUGGUUUAGACAUAGCAAUGGGGCUUUGUUACUUACAUGAAGAGUGUAGUACACAGAUCAUACAUUGUGAUAUUAAACCUCAAAACAUCCUCCUAGAUGACUCAUUUACAGCAAGAAUAUCUGAUUUUGGAUUAGCUAAGAUUUUAACAAAGAAUCAGAUUCAAACAAAGACUGGAAUAAGAGGAAGCAGAGGGUAUGUUGCACCUGAAUGGUUCAAAAACUCAGGUGUGAGAGUUAAGGUUGAUGUGUAUAGCUAUGGUUUUGGUGUCUUAGCAACAAAAUGGAGAAUAGCAAUAUGGGAGAUAGUUCAUAAUCUAUGUGAAGUUUCACAAUUGGUAUCAAGAGCUAGAAUACUUGAUUUUAGAGCUCCAAAAUAUUUGAAAUAA